AAGCUCUGAGCGAUCAAGCCUCGUCUCUGGCCCCGGGUUGAAUUCUUCUCCUCCGGAGGCCAAGAACCCCAGCGUCUUUGCGUGCUUCAGCAACAACCUUUCAGUAGGAGUGGUGGUUGCAGGUUAAAGAGCUCUGUUGAUGCCCUCCAAGGUAGUUUCUCAAAACUCAGAAGUGCGUUUGCAGCAUAACAUCCCCAGAGAAGACAGAAUAGGAAGAGGAAGAAGAGGAAAUGGCAGCUUCUCAGGGACGGCUGACCUUCCGGGAUGUGGCCAUAGACUUCACUCAAGAGGAGUGGGAAUGCCUGGACCUCGGUCAGUGGGACUUGUAUAGGGACGUGAUGUUAGAGACCUAUGGGAACCUGGCCUCCUUGGGUCUUGUGGUCUCUAAGCCGGACCUGGUCACCUUUCUGGAGCAAAUGAAGAAUCCCUGGGAUGUAAGGAGAACGGACACAACAGCCACAUACCCAGCUGUGUCUUCUCACAACACCCAUGGUUUGAUGUCAAAGAAUCCAAGGUUUGAAAAUUCAAUCCAAAAAGCAAACCUAUAUGAAAGAGCUCCCCUCGGAAAUGAACAUUUAACCAAAGACUGGGGACAUACAAGGGUAUGUGACAGACUGAGAGGAUGUUUAUAUGGACAUAAAGAAAUUGAGACCGUUUCACAUACUGUGGACAUGACUGCCAGAAGAAAUGAGCACUGGGAGUCAAAUUGGGGAAAGCACCCGUUUCAGUCAUCACCGUCUGCCGCGCAGUGUAUCUUUGUAAGCAAUGACUCACAUCAGUUUUUGAAACACACACGUUCUCUGAGGGGAAAUGUGGAAAAUCUGGAAGGUCAUCCAGUCUCUACUCCAAAUGGUCGUUCAAACCACUCUGAACAUAGACUUCGAUUACACAUACAUUCAACCACGUCUGAAAAGGAGAAGUUUACACAUGAUGGGGAAAACUCACAAUAUAAUCAACUUGAGGGGUCUGUGAACAACAGGUCAUUAUUCUUCCACCAACAGACAGGUUCUCCCCAAUCCAAAAUUUGUAAUGUUGAUAAUAAUGGAAGAGACUUAAUUCAACCAUCACCGUUUGAUACAUAUCAUGAUAGGGUUAAUAUAAAACAACUUUUCAUGUGUAAUAACACGAGUCAGGCCUUAAGUAGGAGCUCCAAAGCCAAUAGUUUCCAGAGUAUUUAUGAUGGAGCAAGAAACUGUUCAUGCAAUGACAGUGGGUAUAACAUUGGACAAGACUCUGAUCUUAGGAAACACCAGGCACCUCAAUCUUCAGAUAAGGAUUCUGAAAGUAAUACAGGUAGGAAUAUCUUUUGUCGAGCAUCAGGUCUUUCACUAAAUAAGAGUACACAUACUGGAGAGAAGACUUACAAUUGUAGUGAAUAUGAUGUUUCUAAUCAGUCUUCAGAACUUAUUCAACAGCAGAGUAUUCAGAAUCCACAGAAAAACUACAAGUGUAAGAAAUGUGAGAAAGUCUUUACUAACGCACUCAACCUCUGUAAACAUAGGGAAAUUCAUACAGGAUGGAAUACUUUCAAAGGUACAGAAUGUGACAAAUCAUUUAAUCAGAGUUCAAAACUUAGUCAACAUCAGCGAAUCCAUAUUGGCCAGAAGCCUUAUAAAUGUAAGGAAUGUGGUGAAGGCUUUAGCCAGCACUCAAGUCUUACUUACCAUCAGAGAGUCCAUACACGGGAGAAGUCUUUUAAAUGUAAGGAUUAUGGCAAAGCCUUUAAACAGUGCUCAUGUCUUCAUAAACAUCAGGUAAUUCAUGCUGGAGAGAAACCUUAUAAAUGUCAAGAAUGUGGAAAAGCUUUCAGUCAAUACGUAACUCUUAUUAAACACCAGCGAAUUCAUACUGGAGAGAAGCCUUAUAAAUGUAAGGAUUGUGGCAAAGGCUUUAUUCAACGCAGAGGUCUUACUUGCCAUCAGAGAAUUCACACUGGAGAGAAACCGUAUAAAUGUCAAGAAUGUGGAAAAGCUUUCAGUCAAUACGCAACUCGUAAUAAACACCAGCGAAUUCAUACUGGAGAGAAGCCUUAUAAAUGUAAGGAUUGUGGCAAAGACUUUAGCCAGGGCUCAGGCCUUAUGUACCAUCAGAGAGUUCACUCUGGAGAGAAGCCUUAUAAAUGUAAGGAUUGUGGCAAAGACUUUAGCCAAGGCUCAGGCCUUAUGUACCAUCAGAGAGUUCAUACUGGAGAGAAGCCUUAUAAAUGUAAGGAUUGUGGCAAAGACUUUAGCCAGGGCUCAGGCCUUAUGUACCAUCAGAGAGUUCAUACUGGAGAGAAGCCUUAUAAAUGUAAGGAUUGUGGCAAAGGCUUUAGCUGGCACUCAAAUCUUACUCGCCAUCAGAGAAUUCACACUGGAGAGAAACCUUAUAAAUGUCAAAAAUGUGGAAAAGCUUUCAGUCAACGCUCUACUCUCACUCAACACCAGCGAAUUCAUACUGGAGAGAAGCCUUUUAAAUGUAAGGAUUGUGGCAAAGACUUUAGGCGCCGCGCCGGUCUUAAUCGCCAUCAGAGAAUUCACACUGGAGGGAAAACUUAUAAAUGUAAAGAAGGUGGUAAAGUUUUCAGUCAUUAUGCAACUCUUAUUUAACAUGAGCGAAUUCAUACUGAAGAGGAGCCUUAUAAAUGUAAGGAUUGUGACAUAGACUUUAACCCAGCACAUUGGUUUUACUUACCAUCAGAUAAUUCAUACUGAAGGAAAUCUCAUAAAUGUAAGGAAACCUGCAAAGGCUUUAAUCAGAGCUCUCAUCUCACUGGACAUCAGAGAGCAUGUCCUGGAGGGAAACCCUAGUAAUGAAGUAAGACAUGGAAGAGGUUUGUCCUGAACAUACAGUUCAGGAAACGCAAGACUGUUUAUAUAAGAAAGAUACAGAAUGACGUAAAGAAAAUAUAAAUAAGUAUUUACAAAAAAUCAAAUCUAAAUAAAUAUCAGGAAAUGCAUACUAGAAAGCAUUUCAUAAAUCCUGUUUUCUGAUGUUCCUC